GCCGCGAUCCCCUAAACGGCAAACAAGAUAGGUCUUGGCAUUGAGAAUCACGCCGAUCGUGAGAUGUGUAAGCAACGUCCUUCCGUGUUAAACAGUUCAUCUCGUCUUGCGUCUCCUUUGCACCAUUAUCGAUCAUGGCUUUACUGCCUUUGGUGAACAAACAGAAAUGCCAAGGCAGGUCAAGAUGUCAGGUCCGGAUGGAUCCAGAAGGCCCUCCGCCUCAUCAACCGGGAUGCCAUUCAUUAUAUCGUCGAGCAUCGAGAAGACCGAUCCAGCCACUAGGAAGCUAAUUAGAAGUCACGCAAGAAGGGGGAAAACACGAAAAGGAGUUCGCCCUGCCGUAGACCAACGAUCGGCCAGUAGGACGACAACAAUUAUCCGUGCUCAGUCAGAGCCACUGAAACUAGAAGAAGUCGUUGAAGUUUAUGCCCCGUUAAUUCCUGGUCGGAUCGGGUUAAACCUCUAUUUCGUCAACUUUUCCGACGAUGUAGAGCCUUUGACGCUUUUUAACAUGGCAAAAGUUACAACAGUAUCAAGGAAGCUUACCUUCCCCUUAAGAGCAGCGAUUAGCUUCGAAGGGGACGAUGAAGGAUGGGUCUCUCCAUUCGGACGAGAUGCCGUUGCCCUCCACAUAAUGGCAUUUGCCGUACAAGGUUUCAUCGACAGAGUCCUACGCCGUCAGGGGAAUCUUAACCCCGUAGCCAUACUGCACUUCCAGAAAGGACUAAGACUUCUUCGCGAAAGGCUAUUGGGGGACGAUGACCAAACGAAGAUUUCAGACUCAACAAUGAGCGUGGUUUUGAAACUAGCAAGUGUAGCACAAUUCGACGGAGACUACGAGACCUCGAAGCAACAUAUGGAAGGUCUUCGCAAAAUGGUCGACUUAAGGGGAGGCCUCGACGUUUUCGAAGGAACACCAUUACUGCUAGAGAUGUUAAGGUGUGACCUAGGGGUCGCAUUGCUUAAUGGAUCGUGCCCCGUAUUUUUCAUCCAGCCUUCUGAGCCGAUGGCAGAAUAUCCCGAGAAAUUAAUGCCGGCUUCCGUUGAUGGGGCAUUAUCCCGGGGCGAUAUGAAACAAGUUGGAAUCACCGAGGAUGAGCUAGUAACGGCCUGGAGGGUCUUGAAGCGAUUCUGCUUGUUCAUCGAUCUCGGGACCCAAACUCGACAGACAGUCCGCUCGGAUAUCAUCUACGAAACAAUGACUGCGGUAACAUAUCGCCUGCUCCACAUGCGUUUCUCCUCCGGGUCGGCUGACGAAGCCGUACGACAAGGCCUUUCGGCGUUUUGUUAUCACGUCUUCUUGCAAUGGCAAGACAUUAAACCGCCGUACUGUGACUUGGCUGUCGCAUACCAAAUCUCCAUUUUCAGCCUUGUGCCAUCUGAUGCGGUUUCCUCACAGCUCAUACUCUGGCUAUUGAUAAUCGGAGCUAUCUCGAUCUUCAAUAUAUCAGACGAGGUAUGGCUAAGGGAACGUAUAGAAGAACAUGUGGGCAGAUGCCAUAUUAAAACAUGGAGAGAAAUGCAAGACAUACUGAAGUCGUUUAUGUGGAUUGCAGUGUUAGAUGAACAAUCAGGAAGGCGUAUCUAUGAUUUUCUAUUCAAAUAAAGAAUUUUAUAUACUCUUAUGCUAAGUCCAGCCAUCAACCCUAACGCCUCGCAUGCUGUUCGUCUAAAUCGUUGCCUUUCGGAGAAAAUAUCGUCAUAACAUCGUUAGGUUUCUCUCAUCCAUCGUAUCAUAU